AUGUGUUUUUCGCCUGUGCCAACCGAGCCCCGAGAGUUCCUUCAUCUUCGCACUUCAGCACAGGGUCAACCCCGCCAAAGCACCAAGCCAUCCCAGCCAGAUCUGCCAUUGGCCGUGGCGCCGCCGUGCUACACGGGCCUUGGGACACGAGAGACGCGCCUUACCUUUCAGAGCAGCGCCCCGGUGCCCGGCAACGGCAGUAAAUACAACGGCCCCACUCCCGCCACUCAGCUCACCCAAAUGUACGGUACAAUCCACGGACAGCGAUUCCGCGACAUCAUCAAGGACAUAUGCGAGGAAUUGUCUGAAAUCUGUGCUGCUACGACGCUUGCUAGUGAACACAGAAUCGCAAGCAGUGACGAAAACUACAAAUCAACAUCGAUGGACCAGUCGCGCGCAACGGAGCUGCGAUCCAGCGUCCGCUCCUCAGCCUCCACACCGUCGCUGCGAUCUCGGGAUGGGACGCUGCCGCCACAUAUGAAGAUGGAUGGCGGUGGCAAUGUGCGCGUGGUCGUCAGAGUAAGGGCAUUUCUGCCCAGAGAAAUCGAACGAGGGGCGGAAUGUCUAAUCAGCAUGGAUCCUGUGAUGCAGAGCACAACUUUGCAUGUGCCUAACGAUAGCGAUCCAGCGAAUGCGAAAGCCAGGACUCGGAAGGUUGUUGAGGAGAAGUCUUUUACCUUUGAUAACUCCUUCUGGAGCCACGACAAGGAGGACAGACAUUAUGCGCACCAGGAGGAGGUAUACAACGCUCUCGGCGAAGAAUUCCUUGACCACAACUUCGAAGGGUACCACACAUGUAUCUUUGCAUACGGACAGACCGGCUCUGGGAAAUCCUACACCAUGAUGGGAACGCCAGAUCAGCCAGGCUUGAUCCCUCGGACAUGCGAGGACCUAUUUCAGCGGAUCGAGGCCGCGCAAAACGAAACGCCCAACAUCUCAUACCACGUGCGGGCCUCCUACUUUGAGGUCUACAAUGAGCACGUGCGCGACCUGCUCGUCCCGGUGGUGCCCAACCAGGCCCCGUACUAUCUCAAAAUCCGCGAGUCGCCAUCCGAGGGUCCAUACGUCAAAGACUUGACCGAGGUUCCUGUUAGAAGCUUGAAUGAAAUUCUCAGGUACAUGAAAUUGGGCGAUGCUUCCCGGACGGUGGCGAGCACCAAGAUGAAUGACACGAGUAGUCGAAGCCACGCCGUCUUCACCAUCAUGUUGAAGCAGAUUCACCACGACAUGGAGACAGAUGAGACGACGGAGCGGAGUUCGAGGAUCAGACUAGUGGACCUGGCGGGUAGUGAGAGAGCAAAGUCGACCGAAGCCACGGGUGCGAGACUCAGAGAGGGUAGCAACAUCAACAAGUCUCUCACCACCCUCGGUCGUGUCAUUGCCGCUCUUGCAGACCCCAAGCACCGCCCUGGGGGAAAGCGGAACAAGGAUAUUGUGCCAUAUCGAGAUUCUAUCUUGACCUGGCUGCUGAAGGACUCGCUGGGCGGCAACAGCAAGACAGCCAUGAUUGCGUGCAUAGCACCGUCGGACUACGAGGAGACCCUCUCAACCCUGCGAUAUGCCGAUCAGGCGAAGCGCAUUCGUACCCGCGCUGUUGUCAAUCAGGACCACAUCUCGACUGCCGAGAGAGAUGCGCAGAUUGCGGCCAUGGCCGAGGAGAUUCGUGUUCUUCAACUGUCAGUCGCUGACACCCGUCGACGAGAGAAGGACCAGAAGGAGAGCGAAGAGCGGCUUGAGGAGUACCAGAACCGUGUGGCAGCUAUGCAACGCAUGAUGGAGGAGCGCAGUCUCGUGGCCGAAGGCAAGAUCCGGAGUCUGCAAACAGAGAAUGAGGCUCUCCGACUCCACCUCAAACUCGCCCUCGACAGCCUGAAGAACCCAAUUCCAGAGGUCGUCGUCAGGACCGAGGAGCCCUUGAAGGAGGUUGAGGCUGAGGCGGACAAGGAGAAUGCAGGCCCCGGCGAUGGGGACGUCCACGAUAAGCUUGCGGACGACGACUUCGUCGACGAACCGUACGAUGACGAAGACGACUACUCGCCCGAGAUCCACGAGGAGAGGGCAAACGAUAUGCAGGAUUAUAUGCACGAACUGCUCAAGGACCUCUCAUUGUUCAAGAAGAAGAUUGGUGACGAUAAGGGUCGCUUCAUCGAUCAGACCUCUCGGGCACCGCUGGGCGCCCGCGUCAAUUUCUAA